AAACCUGACUAGCUCCAUUAUUCCCACUUUGACACUUACUUUAGCAACCGCCUCGAUCGGUAUAAUAUCCAAGGGAAGCGUUCUCGCUGUUUUCACUGUGUUCACCAAGCUGAAAAUCUCAAGCCCGGCGAUUUCGCUCUAUUAACGCUCAACACAAUAAUAUUUCCGCUGAAAGUUGCAUAGUGUGAAACCAAACUAUAUGGGCCUGGGUGUCGUUUACACUCAGCGUUGGAAGAACGCUCAAGAAAGUUUCGUACUGUUUAUUGAUAGCAAUCGAUUAAUGAACAUCGACAAUGAUAUCCGUGGACCUUUGGGGCCAAUGGAAUUUACGCUUGCCGUCAAUAUAUAAGGAUGUGGUGGAGGAUCAUCAUCAAUAAUUUAACUGUUCCCUAUCAAUCGUAGUACUCGUGAUCGUCAUAAUCAUCAUUGUUACUAUUAUGAUGAACAUAUUUGUAAGAUAAGGCAUUUUGGAGACAACGAAAACAACAAUCAUCAGGUCUGUUGACGGUCCUUAAUUUUAUAAAAUAUGACGACUACAUAUAUGAGGAUGCAUCGAUACAACAAAGACGCUGACCUGUCCUCGUCAAACGUUUUUAGAAACGAAGAAAAGGCCAAAACAAAGAAUAUGUUCGCCAAUCGAAGUCUUCAAAGCAACCUGGAACGAGAACGUGGAAUAGAAAAAAUGCACAUGGAAACCAUUCGAAGGGAACAAGUGAUGCUUCAAAAGGAGCUCCAGAAAGUACGAACUAAAGGCCAAUAUCUUAACGGCAAUCGACCAGUUGUUCGCCAACCAAAUCGACUCCGUCACAUUGGAUAUAGGCAUGAAAGACGUAAUAAGGCCACUGAAGGUGCUGGAGCGCAACUCUCAGACAAGGCCAAUAAUACAGACUCUGGGUUCCCGUCUAUUAAUGUGACCUCUAAACAACUUUCAGCGAAAUCUACACCUCUACAGAGGGAGUACGACAAGAAGAUGCAAUUACUUCAGAAAGAAUCUAAUCGGGAGCAGGCGAUUAGUCAACGGAGGUUAAACGAAAUGUCACGAAGACAAGAGAAAUUGGUGGCGCGGGUUGCAGAUUUAGCCGAAGGUCUAAAACACGCAACGACUUCUGGUAAAGAGACGGCUUCUUUUGCCAAAGGAGGAAAAUAUGACAAAAAACAAUCGGAACGAAAAAUGUCACAUCAAGAAAAAGUUGCAAGCAAUCUGAAGACACUUCCAUCUAUAUUUAGUUCUCCAAUACCUAACAAGGUCUCGCUGUCAGAUUCGCCACAGACUGCACGAAGGCUUGAGGCACCGAUAUUGGCCAAUGCUACACCAGCACUGACAGGGAAUUCUCUGCAUAAUGGUCAAGAAUCAAACGUGAACACCCAGGCAAUGGUAGCUGAUAUAAUAGCCAAUCCAACAUUGUGGUUUGAUCAGCAUAAAUAUGCGCCAGAUGGCGGUCUAAGAACCAUUCACUUGUUACCUGAUUCAGACGACACGUUCCAUGAGGCUAAAAAGGCGCGUUACCUCCGAUGGAAAGACCCUCAGAGCGCAAAUAAAGAACUUUCAGUCGGCGAGAUAUUCGCGCAGACAAAAAAGGGAAAGAGACGACAGUCUCAAAUGGUUGAUGUGUCUGUGGUACGUGACAAAUAGACAUAAAAAUGAACUAUAUAAACCCCCUUAUGUAACAUUGAUAACUAAUGUAGUAUAUCUGUUAGAUGGAAAUUGAAUAGGCCUAUACUAUACAGGAAACCAGUUAACCAAACCAACUACGAUGCCUUAAUGCACUCUAAGUAGUCUUAAGAUUGACUCCAGGCAGUUUGGAAUUAUGAAAGGUUUAUCUAGUCACAAUUUAACUCAUUUGGAAAGAUACUCAACAUUGGAGUCAAAAUUGAUCAAUCGUUCCAUGGAUCAAUGGAUUUCUGACUUUCGGUAAAAGUUUGUUAGGUAUAAAGUUUGUCUGAGUGUGAAUUGAGUCGCACCUGUAUCCAAAUUAUGACUAGGCCUAAUGAUGCCGAUACAAAUUUAUAGGCCUAUAUGUAUUUUAAAUAUGUUAAUGAUCUAACUUUAUGCGAGAACCGUCCUGUUUAUGCCUGGAUCUCUCCAAAACGAUGGUGUGUAGCUUCUAUCAGUGGUAUACCGAAAACGCCUUAGUACUUUGAGUCACACAAUAACCAAGAAAUUAUGGUAUGUUUUAGUACCGAGUAUCCAAGCACCCCAUCUUGAUAUUACAAGUUCUGAAUCAUUUUAAUGUUGAGAGGGUUAAAGUCCUUGGUCUUUGGCUGCACGAACGAAUCCGAAAUUAUUCGCACAAUGAUAGUAUUAUCUCCAGAAGUACUAGGAAGCUUUUCCUUUAAAAGCCUUUAUCUAUUUAGAUUUCAACAUGAUCAAUACAUAUUGUGGAUAUAUCUCGUUCGUAAGUACACAAGUGUGGUUUGAAAUCCUUUGACAACUAGAUUGGUGUGCAAAAGCGAGCAUUUGAAAGUAAUGUUAGGCAACUCCUAAUUACUCGAAUGCUUGUUGGUCUUGGUCCACUGUCGUAAUAAGGGUGUGGAGCACUGUCAGUUUUGCAAGGAAACCCGUUUAAACUCAAACAUACCACUGACAUUAUACCACCAACAAGAUUGAGAAAUAAAAAAUAAAGUAUCCAAGAUUGUUCCAAGACGUCAAGGUUUGAAAAUAAACCCCAAUUCAUAUUGGGCUUUUUACACUGC